CGGCCUGCCGGGACCGAGCGGUCCUGGGCCGGCCCCAGCCUCAGCUGACGGAAGCAGCCGCUGCAGCUGGGGGCCAGGAAGGUGUCGGCACGUGUGCCCCUGCCCCCUGUGAAGCGGGGAGACCUGGGCGGCGUCGGCCGCUUCCCUCGGCGCCGUCCUGGGAGCCGGCGGGGACUCCCAGCGCGCAGAGCCGCCGCCGACCGGCAGGCCCGAGCCCCGCCGGGCCCCCCGCCGGCUCGCCGGAGACCCCAGAAGUCUCUGCUGUGGGCUGAACGUACCUGUUUCAGAUGACAGGGGUGGAUUAGAUCUUUUAGGCUCAGUGCACACAUCAGCUUCUCAGAGCUGGUUUUUCUAUGUAUAAAAUGACAACGUUCAAUUUAAUGACUUUUUCAGGUCCCUUCCAAAACUCCCGACUUUGUCUUUUGAAUACUUAGGCUGUCACAUCCAGAGACUUGUAAGUGGGCUGUGUGUAUAUUUCAGACGGUGUUACGCUUUGGGGACAGCUCAGUAGCGCUGUUUUCAAGAGAAUCUUAGGGCGGGGAAUGAACUGAGGAAGAAAUGUGAGGAUGGUAAGAUCGUUACAAGGGUAGGAUACUUAGUAGCGGAAGGAAAAAGGGCUGAGGGAAAGGUGAAGGAAGUGUUUUGAGACAGGAUUAGUUGUCAAGAAGACUGUAUCCCAAGAACGGCUGGACUUGUCUGAAUAAAUUUAGCAUAAUUUUCUCCCACCAACAUCUUGUAUUCUGUCUUCCUAUUUUUUCGUGACCAUUGUUUCACACGUUUGGAUUCUCUACCCAGUCGGAUAUGCUUCAAAGUCAAAGUCACGUUUAAAGAAUGGAUAGAAAUUUUAACACUAGAGGCAACUUAAGAGUGUUUUAAAUCUGUCACUGUCAGGAUAGCUCACUAAGAAAUUUUAAGUUGAAAAUAAAGUCUAUUAAUAACUUUCCAGUGAAAACUGGGUUUAAAAUAAAGCUGUGAAUUUAGUUUAAAUCUCCUUGAGAUGGGUACCUAUGUCAUCAAGAAGAAACAUCUUGCCUAAAAGUUCUUUGAAAGGAAAUAAACAGAAGGUCUGGAAUGACCAGUUGGUAGACUGUUAGAGCAAAAAUAUUGGGCUUAAAGACAGCGACAUACAACUGGUGUGGCAACGGCGUAGCAGUCUGAAGCACGGUGCAAGAAGGGAACAGCAUCAAAGUUACUGACUUUCCGUGAUGUUUGGGGGUUAUGAGACUAUAGAAGCGUAUGAAGAUGACCUUUAUCGUGAAGAGUCGUCUAGUGAACUGAGUGUCGAUAGUGAGGUGGAAUUUCAGCUCUACAGCCAAGUUCAUUAUGCCCAAGAUCUUGGUAAUGUCAUCAGGGAGGAAGAACAUGAAGAGAAGAACUCUGGGAAUUCUGAAUCAUCCAGUAGUCAACAGAAUCAGAAGAACUUAAUUAUCCUUUCAGAUAGUGAGGUCAUCCAGCUAUCAGAUGGGUCAGAGGUCAUCACUUUGUCUGAUGAAGAUAGUAUUUAUAGAUGUAAAAGAAAGAAUUUUAGAGUCCAAGCAAAAGCAAAGACCCGAGGUCCUCCUGCUUCUCGUCAUUCUAAUGAGUUGACUGAUAAGAAAUGCAAGAGGGAUACUGAGAAGCCUAAACCCGAAGAGAGAUCGGGUACGAUCCGAGAGGUCAUGAUUAUAGAGGUCAGUUCAAGUGAAGAGGAAGAGAGCACCAUUUCUGAAAGUGAUAACUUGGAAAGUUGGAUGCUGCUGGGAUGUGAAGUUGAUGAUAAAGAUGAUGAUAUCCUUCUCAAUCUCGUGGGAUGUGAAAACUCUGUUAAUGAAGGAGAAGAUGGUGUAAACUGGUUCAUCAGUGACAAAGAUGUUGAGGCCCAGAUAGGUAAUAAUAGAUCAUCUGGAAGAUGGACCCACCGAUACUAUUCAGCCAACAAAAAUGUUACCUGUAGAAAUUGUGACAGAUGUGGCCAUUUGUCAAAAAACUGCCCCUUUCCACAAAAAGUCCGCCCCUGCUGCCUCUGCUCCAAGAGAGGACACCUCCAGUAUGCUUGUCCAGCCCGCUUCUGCUUAGACUGCUCUUUACCUAUGUCUUCCACUCACAGAUGUCUUGAAAGACCUUCCUGGAGAAAGCGAUGUGACCGAUGUGAUAUGAUAGGCCACUAUGCUGAUGCUUGCCCAGAAAUCUGGAGGCAGUAUCACCUAACGACCAAACCUGGACCACCCAAAAAGCCGAAGACCCCUUCUGGACAAUCAGCCUUAGUGUAUUGCUACAACUGCGGGCAAGAAGGCCAUUAUGGACAUGAAUGUGCAGAAAGACGGAUGUUUAACCAGACCUUUCCAACAUCUCCAUUCAUCUACUACUAUGAUGACAAAUACGAAAUCCAGGAGAGAGAACAGAGAAUAAAACGAAAAGUAAAAGAACUCCAGAAAAAUGGAGAUUUUCCAAGGCAGUUCAAGAGGCCUCAUAUGGAAGCAGCAGAUAAGAGGCCCCACCAUGAUAUGAGGAAGAGCCAUACCUCACGGAAAAACAACAGGUGGCCUCAAGAAAAGAAAGAAACCCAAAAAGAAGCAAUGAGCAGGAGCAAUCGAGAGCGUGAGAAGCACAGGAAAGCUGACAGGUGUCGUGAAGUGGAUGAGGACUUUCCCAGGGGCCCCAAAAUCCACUCUGCUCCCAGCACUUUCAGGACCCAGAAGCCUCGCAAGUCUUUUUGCCACUCAUCGCAUUACCACAAGCCAAGAGAAGACAAGCUGCCCAAAGAGGGCAAGCGGGGCAAGCAUAAGCAAAAGGAGAGCUGCUUGGAGGGUGACAGCAGUGAUCAUUUACUUCUUCUUAAGCAGAGGAAGAAAAAGUCUAAGCUGUGAGACAGCUUCUGAUUUGGCUUUCCAGUGUUUGUCUGGUCUUCGUGUCUACAACAUCCUGGCAAUAUUUUAUUAUCUGUGAUUAAAUAAAGUGAGUUUUUUGGUUUUUUAAUCUCAGCCAUACCUAGAGCUUCUGGACAAAGACCUUGGAGAUCCCACUUCUCUGUCCAACAGCUUUUUAGGUAAGAAAACAGAUAAACUAGGACUUCCCUUGUUCCAUUGUGUCAUUUUUACUCAGAAUCCCAGGGAUAGGAAGAAUUAGUCUUUUCAAGAAAACUUUUUAAAAAUAAUCUAAAAAAUAAAAGCUCAUCCAAUGUAAUUCAUCUGCAGUGUAUGAAAAAUCCUUGCAGGAAAAGAAAUUAAUACUGAUACAAAAAAUUCAUCUAUCUUUGUCAGCAUUACUUCUUUUUUUAACAUCAGAGAGGAUAAUAGCUAUAAAUCUAAAUCCAGCUCUUCUUGCUUCUGAAGCUGGUGUCGGAAUCUUCCUUUGGUCAGAGCAUCACAGGCUGAAAAAUGAAGGUGUCAUCAGGGAGUUGGGCUACAGCAAAAUCCAAGUACUGGAUCCAUCCAUGUAAAUGUCAUGAGACAGAUUGCCUGGAACAAGUGAAAAAGAGUCAUCAAAAAUUUUAAUGUAAUUUUAACGAAAUAGUUUUUACCAUUUUUACAGCCACACUUCAAGAAGACUGUCAGAUACAUAGAGAUGAAUAUUGCCCAAUUUAAAAAAUUGUUUUGUUUUCAUGGGUUUUUAACUACCACAAAGCUAUCCAGAAACUUUUGUACUUGUGAACCUUUUGUACUUAUCAAAGCCUAAUGUUAGAAUAAGAAAAAUAAAACGUCUGAAAUAGUGAAGAAAUUUGUCUUUUAUGUAAAAAGACAAUGAGAGUUUGGGUGACAAAGAGCAUACUUGGGUUGGACAGGUGGCUAAAGUUACAAAAUCUCCCUAAACUGGGGUCAGAAUGCCUUGUCGCCCAAGCACUAGCUCUGUGCCAGAAUAAAAUGAAAUACAGUCAGCUGACAAGGACAGUUUUAUAAUGUUGGAUUCUUCAAUUUUGUGUUUUACUCUUUGUGAAGUGUACAGACUGCUGUCUCGUAGGAUCAGCUCUCUUAUCUUUGGGGCAGGGAGAGUCUCUCCUCCCAAAUCAGUUUGAAUGUAAAUUGUAGGUCCAGUCUUGAGUCUGCACCUUCCCUGUCGCUGCCCAGCUUUCAGCCAAAUGUCAGGGUUCCUUGUGUGUUGGUGCGUGGCUUCCUAAUGUCGGCUGGGAUUCUUUUGACCCUAAGGUAAGUGACUGGAGUCUUUUAAGACGCUGCUAAAAGUGACAGCCAUGAAAAACAGCUUGAUAGUGUGGUGAGCCUUGAGAUGAUUGGCAUUAUUCCUCAGUAGGACCUGGGACACGCGUGGCUUAUUAUCGAUGUGGUGUGACUAGUGUUCCUUCAGAUCCGAGGGCAUCUGCUUUCAGAGCAGAAAUGGGAUUGCUGUUCUUUAGGGUCUUUCAUACAUGGAAGAUUGUAUGGAGGAGGGAAGAAAGGAAGCUCUUUUUCUGCUUGUUUCUGCACAUUAUCUUAUAUUUCCUCCCAAAUUGUAUUUCUUCGUUAGACAAACAUUUUGUUCUGGGCAUAAUGUACCCUUCAAGUCCAUUUGUAUGCAGAUAGGAAAGGCAGCUGAGCUUCUUGACUUGUGGGCAUUAGGAUGGUAAGGAACCAGCAGAAACACAGGAGCCUCUGCUGCAUUUCCCCUUCGCUGCCCCUGGCGCCUGGCUCUUACACCAAGUGUUCAGUUAAGUCAGGCGGUCAGUCAGCUCACACACCAACUUUCCAUACAAGAAGGGGGAGUUUAAAAUCUAGAGAGAUUUGACAAUCAAGUAAGAUUUUAAAUGGAUAAAUAGGAUUAAGAGAAGAAAAGCAGAUGUCCCAAACAAUAAGGAUCCCUAUAGUUGCUAAGAUUGAGGAGACUCUCAACAUCUUUUGCUUCUGGCCCCACUUUGAUCAGAAGCAGCUUGAGUGGCUCCUUUCCUGGAUUCUAGCUUGGCUCACGUUUGGCAUUCUUUAAGAAUAGAGCGGAGAGAAACUA